AUGUGCUCCAAGUGCAAAGUGCGCAUCCCGCCAGCUCAGCCGUCCAAGCUGGAACAUCCGCCCAUGAUCAACGUUGAGUUCUGCAAAGUAUGCCUCGUCAGGGCCACCACUCAACCCAAGUGGCGUCACGAGAACGUGUCGACACAUUACAGGCGGCGAACAACCGAGCUGUUCGCCGCCUGUAGUUUCCGUCCUUCCACCCCCAGAGCGGGCAACCUUGUCUACAACCACAAAAUGACGUGGCUGAGAUUUGUUUUUUCAACGACGACGUGGACAAAGUCGAUGAACAUGAAAGGGGGUGCCACGUUGCACCAGCGACACACAGCGCCGCACACGUGGAAGGCCACCGAGGGUGACAUCACGUGGCUCCACCAACAAGCGGCUCUCACAAAGUUGACGGACACUCAAGCCCCGACAGCGUCAUUGGCAGCGCUACAUAACCUCCUCUUAUGCAUGCAACGGGAACUGACGAUGAUUGCGACAACUUGUAGCGUCCUGUUGACGCAGCCAGGUUCGCCGCACAACUUCCUUCCACCAUGCCGUUUGCAAUACCUUCGACUAAACGAGAUGCGGUUAUUGCAUCCAUCUUUGCCGCAUGUGCUGGCGAUUUCGCGCAACGAGCAUGAAAUGUCGGCCAAGUCGAAAGCGGAAUCGGUCGAGUCGUCAUAG